AUUUCCCCCUUCUUUCUCAGGGGGAACUCCAGCCUUCCAAAACAGAGUCAGAGCUCCCUCAUUCCUUUCAUCAUCUCUUGCAACUUCUCACAAUGGAAACCAAAGUCACAAAGCAACAAGAGGAGACCAUAUUUCGCUCCAAGCUUCCUGACAUCUACAUCCCCAAGCACCUUCCUUUACAUUCCUACAUAUUUGAGAAUAUUUCUAAUCACUCUUCGCGGCCCUGUUUGAUUAAUGGCGUCACUGGUGAUGUCUACACCUACGCUGAGGUCGAGCUCACCGCACGCAGAGUCGCCUCCGGGCUAAACAAGCUCGGGGUUAAACAAGGCGAAGUUAUAAUGCUUUUGUUACAUAACUCUCCGCAGUUUGUUCUUUCCUUUCUUGGAGCUUCCUAUCGUGGAGCCAUUGCCACCGCUGCCAAUCCUUUCUUUACUCCUGCUGAGAUAGCCAAGCAAGCUAAGGCCUCUAACUCGAAACUCAUAAUCACACAGGCUGCUUAUGCUGAUAAAGUCAAGGAUUUAGCCAGUGAUCAUGGUAUUAAAAUCUUGUGUAUAGACUCUGCUCCUGACGGUUGCUUGCACUUCUCGGGGCUGUCAGAGGCCAAUGAGAUAGACAUGCCUGACGUCGACAUCAGUCCUGAGGACGUGGUGGCGCUGCCUUAUUCAUCGGGGACGACCGGAUUGCCAAAAGGAGUGAUGUUAACCCACAAGGGACUGGUCACCAGCGUGGCUCAACAAGUUGAUGGAGAUAAUCCCAACUUGUAUUUUCGUAGCGAAGAUGUGAUCUUAUGUGUGCUUCCCAUGUUCCAUAUCUAUGCUCUGAACUCGAUCAUGCUUUGCGGGUUGCGAGUUGGGGCGGCCAUUUUGAUUAUGCCAAAGUUUGAUAUUGGUGCCCUGUUGCAGCUGAUACAGAAGUAUAAGAUUACAAUUGCUCCGAUUGUGCCACCCAUAGUUUUGUCCAUCGCUAAGUCCCCGGAUACCGAUAAGUAUGAUUUGUCGUCGAUAAGGAUGCUCAAGUCAGGAGCAGCACCGCUAGGGAAGGAGCUUGAAGAUUCUGUAAGAGCAAAGUUUCCUCAAGCUACACUUGGUCAGGGAUAUGGGAUGACAGAGGCAGGGCCUGUGCUAGCCAUGUGCUUGGCGUUUGCCAAGGAGCCCUUCGAUAUAAAACCAGGGGCUUGCGGGACUGUGGUCAGGAAUGCUGAAAUGAAGAUCGUUGACCCUGAAACCGGAGAGUCCCUGCCAAGGAAUCAGCCUGGAGAGAUUUGCAUUAGAGGAGAUCAAAUCAUGAAAGGAUAUCUUAAUGAUCCCGAGGCCACAGCAAGAACCAUAGACAAACAAGGAUGGUUGCACACAGGCGAUAUUGGAUUUAUUGAUGAUGAUGAUGAGCUCUUUAUUGUGGAUAGAUUGAAGGAAAUAAUCAAGUACAAAGGAUUUCAAGUCGCCCCUGCCGAAAUCGAAGCCUUGCUGCUAGCCCAUCCUGAAAUAUCUGAUGCUGCUGUUGUUGGAACGAAAGAUGAGGGUGCUGGAGAAGUCCCAGUUGCAUUUGUAGUAAGAUCAGACAAGUCCCAGAUCACUGAAGAUGAUGUUAAGCAGUACAUAUACAAACAGGUGGUGUUUUACAAAAGAAUAAGUCGUGUAUUCUUCGUAGAAGCCAUUCCAAAGGCACCAUCAGGCAAGAUCUUAAGGAAAAUCCUGAGGGAAAAAUUGGCAACUGAUUUUCCAAAAUAAACUUGCAGACAAUGCUUGAGAACGUCCCUCUGUUUUAAAAUUGGAAGGGAACGUCUACGGAUGAUGCCUGGGUGAAAACAAGAUAGUGAAACAUAUAGAUUUGUUCUAAACAGAAAUGUUUAUGUAAUCAAAUACAAGAUGUCAAGCUCUUCCAUGUAUGUUCAUUUAUAUCUUGUAAAAAAAUAAAAAAAAGACUCUCUUGCUAACUACCUCAUGAUGUUAUAUUGUUUUCUUUCUUUUAUUAAAAGCUUUGUUUAAAUUGUUGAAUGAGAAAAUUUUAAGUUCCAUGACUCAGUUUGCUUC